GUGUAUUUCGAAUUAGGAAUGUAAAGUUCGUAAUGAAAUUUUGCUUCUCAUUUCAAAUUUCUUUAAAGAGACCGGGUCAAUGACCCUUUGAGGUGACCAUAACAUGAAUACUCCUUGGUGCGAAGGCAGCCCUGUGACGGAACUCGAUAUGUUAUCGAUAACCCAAUAACAAAGCGUCGGACGCCACAAUUCUUCCUCUUCCUUCUGAAAUCGCAGACUGCGUGGCGUCGCGCCAAAUUAAACGGUAAAAAGAACUGUCACAGAAUACACAUUAAAAAAGUUGAAAAAAAUCGCGUAAAUUGAGUGAUUUCGAUUGGAAAGGAUGUUUAAUGCACGUGACGUGGGUCCUGCGGGCAACGACGACCAGCAAUUGGAUCUCAAUUUCAGGCAGAUGGAGGAGCAUUUGGCCUUUAUGUUGGAAUGCAAUGAAAACGAAGCCCCGAUGCAGUCCACUUGGGACUCCGAGGACUCGGACGAAGAUGGUGCCAGCUGCUCGUCGAGCGUCCUGUCCGAAAUGCAGGAGAACUUCGGUAGACUCCGGUUGUGCGACAUCGCUGCACCGCGCCUCGAAUUCCACGGCCUGGCAUGCUUGCAACAGCUGCAGAAGCGUUCACGCCAGUUCAGAAUCGGUGGUGCUCCGGCCAAGAAAUCGCGGCCCGGAGCACCCCCAGUUCCGCCAGCUUUCCUGUUGGUUACCGGGCCAAAGCAGGAGCAGCUGCAGAAGGAGAACGCGUGGAACCAGUCUUGCCAAGACGGUUCGUCUUCGGUGCAGCCCAUAACUAUUGAGAAACUGCGUCUGAUUGGUCUGCACGGCGAUUGCAUAGAGCACAACGCCGUGUUGCGUUUGAUGAAUCUGUUUAGGUCCUUGCAUGAUCACCUGGCCGCCGACUUGGGCUUCUCGCGCCAAAACUCAAUGCCCUCGGAUUACCUGUUCGAUAUGCCGGUCAAGAGCUUGAUGCCAAAAAGCCUGAAUGUGCGCUACCAACUGCAGGUGCUGUGCACCAAAGUCGAGCGCUUUCUUGGUCAGCAGCGCCGCACCUUGGAGACAAAUCGUCACUUUGAUUUCGAUAAGUACAACGAGUGUGACAAAUUGCUUAAGGGUUCCGCAUCCUAUUUGCAGACUUUUAAGCGGUUUCUAAGCAUCGAAAUGCGCCAUCGAAACGGAAACUUUUUGAGCACUUCAGCCAAGUUCAAUGCUCAGCGACUGGAGAGUUCGCUGAUUGGCCUGCGCGAGUGGCUCAAGGCUGCGCAUCUCAGUGUGCACGUGUUUAACUGGGAAAUGGAUCUUGAGCAUCGCUAUUCGGCUGCCAUGACCGAAAGCCACAAGUCAUUGACCGAGCGAGCCAUUCUUUUGGCCGGUGCCGAGUUGAGGGCCGCAAAACCGCGUGGGAUCAGUGUGGAGGAGCUGUUCAUCGCCAAGAGAUAUAAUCUGGAUGGUGCCGUCUGUUGCGCCAUGGAGCACGAGGAGUUUCUUACCGCUCUCCUUGCGAGUCCGGAGACCUAUUUCCCGCCCAGUGUUGUCGCCAUUUGCGGGCCACAAAAGUUUGGCGCAGUGAACAUGAAUGAGGAGUCACAGUCGGAGGAGGAGAUCGAGGAGUUUGAGGAAGCGCCAUCAUCGCCGCCUCGCCACAGCAGACGUUUUCCGCGUUUCAGAAGCUAA